ACUUGCAUUUAUUAAAAAAGUCAGGCACAUCACAUCAUGAUCAGAUCAAUCAUUCCAAUCAUUCGUCAACCACAACAAUUACAAUUCGGAUUAAGGGCUUUAGCCACUGCUGCUGCUCAGCAAUCCCCAAGAUUAAAGAAGUUCCAAAUUUAUAGAUGGAACCCAGACACUCCAGAAGUGCAACCAAAAUUGCAAACUUAUGAAGUUGACUUGAACAAUUGUGGUCCUAUGGUUUUGGAUGCUCUUUUAAAGAUUAAGAACGAACAAGAUCCUACCUUAACCUUGAGAAGAUCUUGUCGUGAAGGUAUCUGUGGUUCUUGUGCCAUGAACAUUGGUGGUAGAAACACAUUGGCCUGUUUAUGUCGUAUAGAACCAGACACCUCUAAGGACUUGAAGGUUUACCCAUUGCCACACAUGUUUGUUGUUAAGGAUUUGGUUCCUGAUUUGACCCACUUCUACAAGCAAUACAAGUCCAUCCAACCAUACUUACAAAGAGACACUAAUCCAGCCGAUGGUAGAGAAAACUUACAAAGCAUUGAAGACAGAGCUAAGUUGGAUGGUUUGUAUGAAUGUAUUUUAUGUGCUUGUUGUUCUACUUCUUGUGCCUCUUACUGGUGGAACCAACAACAAUACUUGGGUCCAGCCGUCUUGAUGCAAGCAUACAGAUGGUUGAUUGACUCUAGAGAUGAAUACACCAGUAACAGAAAGGUUAUGUUACAAAACUCCAUGUCUUUGUACAGAUGUCACACCAUUAUGAACUGUACCAGAACAUGUCCAAAGGGGUUGAAUCCUGGUAAGGCUAUUGCUGAAAUUAAGAGACUUUUGGCUUUUGAUUAAGCAACUGUGUUGUAAGAAGGCUGAAUACGCAACAAAAAGGAGUAUAACUUGCAGUGUUUGAAAGUUUAAUUUGUUUACUACUUAAGGGACGUUCUUUAUUUGGUAGAUAUUUCUAUAUGCAUAGUUGGUAAUAUUUCUCUCAUUGGUUUAUAUAUUUAUUUAUUAUUUCCGUUUAUUUG